AUGCACUCCUUGCUGCAACACUUCAAACGAAGGGAUGAUGAGCCCGAGCCUAAACACCAAACGCUUGACCCGUCUGUUAAGGGAAGCCGAGCAAAGGCCAGACCUCCACCCAAAGAUCCGAACAUCCCAAGAAAGCGCCUUCAGAUCAACCAGAAAUGCCUUUAUGAGCGCCGACUACCCGGAAAAGCGUACAUUUCAGCCCAUGUGAACCGACUCCAACACGGUUACUACAGGUCAACCGCGCUUCAUGACCCCGUCAUCGAUAAUCUUUUCUUCGUUUCCGUGCACUUCGUCUUCCAUCCCCACGACCCGGAGUCGCAUCGUUUCAAGAGCGCCGAAAUCGAGGUCACGGUUCACGGCGACGAUGGCAAUCCAACGACGCUCACAAAGCCAGGCUAUUCGCAUCCGCGUAUUCUAAAGCACGCACCAGAGCUGAUGUUUGGGGCUGUAUCGCCAGAGAAUCUGCAAUGGAACUUCAGCUUGUCAAGUUCGCUAGGCGUAUCUCAGGCGCCCGUCUCUGCUUCGCUCAACCCGAGCGCAGCUGUGGAGCGUAGCUACAAAGUAUUUCACAUGAUGAGUAUCCAAGGAUCAGUGCGAUCAAAGCGAAGCCCAUUGGGACCAGAGUACGACGUGGAGGACGGAAAGGCUGUGUGGACACUUACAGAGAACAUGCUUCAGAAAUCAGGGUUGCCACGCGAAUUUGACUUUGUGCUACUUGUGCAGAAGCCGGAAGACGUUGAGAACAUAUACAUGACCGUCGAUGUGGAUGCGGAUGUCGGAGCUUGGUACGGCACAUAUCCCCAGUGGUACACUAAUCUCUCAAAGUACAUGCCAACUCAAGACUGCAUGCUCUGUUUGGAGAACGACAUCGGGCAGCGGUUUCUUCCAAGCCAUCCAAGACAGGGUUACAAUUUUGCCAACCUGAUGCAUACAUUGGACGAAUAUGUGAUGAUGCCAGGAACCGUGUAUCCGACUAGUGGCACGCGGCAAGGGGAGGUCAACAAUCCUAGUCUGAUAGAGUAUCAACCGCCAGAUGGAGGUAAAGCCAUUGAGGCUGCGCCAGCAUCACCCAAACCUGCCACACCCCGAAACAAAAGCAAGACGCCCCAAGCAGAUUCACAUCAGCAGCAUCGCCAUAGCUGGGCACCCGAGAACGUGAACGUGCGGGUUAUUCUGGAACAUCAAUAUCCACAAGGCUCUGAUCCGCGCCGCUUCUCAUACUCGCCUCUAAACAACUUGGAGCCUCUACGAUAUCCGUCAAUACGGCGGAGAAAGUCACGUACAGGACUGAAAGAGUAUGGUGCGAAGCAGGCCUUGCACGAACUCGCCCAGGGUGAUUUAGAAGACAAAGACGAAUCAAAGAUGGCGGCAUACCUCCCCUCCUCACAGUCACCGCGACUUUCUGAACGGGCGUCACUGCGGAUGCACGCUGGCAAUCCCAUGACGCCUGUUCACUCCCCGCACCAUUCGGUCACGUCCUCUGCUUCCUCUCGGACUCCUAUUCACAUCCUCACCAUUCACGAGUAUCGCAAGCAGCAACACACGCCUACGCUCUCGCAAACAGGUACACCGGCAGGCAAGACUCUUCGAAGGAAACCUGCGGCGCUCGCCCUGAACGACAUCGAACGCGCGCCAUCAGUAUCGCAUUCGGCGCGGUCAGACUCUGGUCCACCGUUACGCCCCCUUCACUUUUCGCAGUCGGCGUAUCAGCUCAACUCGGACCAUCCGUCCUUUCAGCAACAAACACCGUUCGACCUAUCGCAUCGGUCGCAGUCAGCUGAGCCUCGUGUGCAGACGGGCAGCAUAUCCGGCAUAUCCACUGCCAACCUGUCUAGCAAGGUGCGUCAGUUCAAGUCAAGAAAAAGGUUGCCGAAACCGCCUGCUGCCACAGGUCCUGUACUGUUCUGUCCCCCACUUGCAAACGUGAAAUCUAUCCAAACACGGCAAUCACCACCUCCCGCCGUAGCGAGCAUCCCUACGGAGCGUUCACACUCCAGCGGCGCGCAAACUACACCCACUGCUUCGACCUUCUCGUUGUCCCGCUUUCCGCACCCGCCCCACCGGAUCGACCCUUCACUGUCCCCACCCCACGAUGAAAGAGAGCCUGCGCAGGUAGACGCACUUAGCUUUGCGACGACCGCGCCUGCGACGCCGCCCGCAACCCCCGCAAUCAUCCAUUACCGCGGCGCGUCCUUUGAUUUAGUUAAUCCACACAACUCGUUGCUGCUCCACGACAUUGUUACGCCCUCGCGAGACUUCGAUUCGAGUGAAUUUCUUCCUUUGCGUUCAUCUGGCGACGUAUUUUCAGAGAUGGCGCCUAAGCGAGCUGUGUACGGCGAUUUCCACGCAGCGCAUGCAGGUAUCCUGAGACGUCCCGAUGACUCGCCCAAUCAGUCGUAUAUUGAGCUUCCACUUGCUCCGUCACCUGCCGCUGUCAGUCCCAACUCUUCGUCGUAUACGUCUCCUUUGUAUAGCCCGGAUUCAGUCAAUGCGCCUUCCCCGUUGGCCAUCAAGGCGCCCGCACGCGAGUCGCGCUUCUCUUUGAAAGGAAUUACUCGCAAUUUGACGAAGAAGCUCAGCAAGAGCCCGGCCGUACCAAAAAGCGAGGAGUUGCAGGAUAUGCGUAAUCAAAACGCGAGCCUGGCAUCGAUUAGCAUAGACGAAGACUUCCCGCGUCCGCUGAACCAGACCUAUGUCACCACACCGGAGACAUCUUACUUUCCGGUGGUGCCAAUGUCACCAGCUACACCCACUAGUCCCAUUUCAGCUGGGGAUUUCCAUGCCUUUUCGCCUGGACAGAAUGACGUUGAGAUUUCACAAAGGCAUCCUACAGAACACUAUGAUACAGAGCCGCUGGCAUCUUUGCUGCCGGAUGAUCCAUCUUCUCAGAUUGGGCGAAUCGACGAUUCUCAAUUACCAUACUCUACAGAAGUUCAUCCAUCUACACUGGUGAUGGCCAUCGGAAGUCGACCUACCAGCAGUAUCUUCCGAGCAACCGUAACAGUAGCGUCAAUCCAUUUGCACGCUAUAGUGGCAUGGAUGCGAAUGAUUUCGCGCACGAGUAUAACCGUAACAGACAUGUACCACCCUCCGAUUGAAGAGGGAGAUCCUAAGACGGACACUAUCAGCAAACUCAUCGACGAGUAUAGCCCCCAUGACGCGAUGGAUGCAUCUUUAGCAACAUGCUAUCAAGAUGCAGGAAAGGCACAGGGUGCACACUAUCCACCAGCUAGUGUACCUUCAAGGCGACCUCCGAUUACCCAACAUCCAGAGUCGCCCCCUCGUGAAGCGGCUCCUCUUGCGCCAGCCUUUGAGUACGAUGAAGCACAUUUUGUCCCUCCGCGUCUAGGAUUGUCGAGUAUGUUCUCUCAUGACUCGAGCUACUCAUACGGGGAUACUCGGAAUUUGCUGCAAAUUUCACACGCUGAAACUUCAGUCCAGCCCGAUACAGCACGCAACCUAGAACCGUCUUCAUCGUACUCUCAACCAGAAGCACGACCUCUUGAGCCUUUAUCUUCAUACUCCCAAGUAGAUAGCCCGCACAGCCCACAUACGCCGAAAGAGGCUCUCGACCAGGCUGAGCAGAUCUUCCAAGACACGGUCAACAAGCACCCGAGCGAUAGUACGAUCCCCGCCAUGUGGGGCAGACGCAAUUCAGCGAGCCUACUGCUAAGUAAGACAGCUACGAACAGGUCAUACGGUGCUCCACAAGACUUCGAGACUCCUCUUGGUGGCGGCGACGGAGCUGUUCCCGGGGAUAAAGCAGACUGGGAAACGGUCGGCGGCAAUAGUCCUGAUUCGAAACGCCACGAGUCGCUCAGCAGUAUUGCAGACUACAGUAGCAGUGAAGGUGCCCGGAACAGCCUCGGCCUGAAUUUGGAUGGCUCUCUUCCAUCGUGGGCGAAACAAGCUCAGUCACCAGCUCGAUCGAACUACUAUAGCCACUCUAGUCCUAUACGCAGCCAACACCCCCACCCCUUCAAUUCAUCGCCACCAGAAUUGAGAGCUCAGCCCAUUGCUCGUACCGUAACGGAUUUUUCAUCUCCUCCAUUGGCUACCAGUCCUUCAGCAUCAAGAACAGUACCCUUGUUUCGAUUCUCCACACAUGCUGAGGAUGUUCUGGGGCGUGGUGCUGUUGAGCAGCCGUAUGCCUACGCUCCUUGGGCAGAUCCGUACGCUUUCAGUGACAAAGAGACGCAAGAACUGCUGGCCUCUGGUCCUAAUGAUAACAUCAUUAUCAGUGAGCCGCGUGUUCCGCCCAAGAAUCCGGCACGUCAGCAUUAUCGGUACAAAAGCCAUGAUACCACACCAACAUCAAGCACCGUUGACGAGAACGUAUUUUACAGUAGCCCUGUUGGUCUCGAACGCCAAAAUACAUUCGAGAAACUUUCCGUUGUUGGGCCCAAGGGCAACCUAACUGGCACUCCUCGCGGAACUGGCAUGCACGAGACCGGUAGCAGUGUCGCAGACCACAGCAGUCCUGGUGGAAGGCUCAGCUCGAGCGUCGGUCACCAAAGCUUCCGUUCAGACUAUAACGGCUUCUACGCUUCACCAUUCCCAGCUACAGGCAGCGUAACUCGCAUUAGCCAAUCUCGGCCAACCUACAUUCCUGCACCUGACCCAACACCAUCAGAGAGCAGUCUGUAUGCCCAGACGAAAGAAUUGGAAACGCUUCAAGAGACAUCUCCAAUUCUUGGAGCUCGUAAGCAUCUCCGUAACUCAACCACGUUCCUACGUUCACAGCGUCGCACGAGCCGAUCUGCUGUACCAGGGCAAACGAAAUUGCGCCAAAUGUUCCUCGCUCCCGAAGCCGCUCGAUCGACUGUCUCGACACAAGGCACUCGUAUCACGCACUUCAUGGUUGGUAGUGAUCGUCCAUCUACCCGCGAUACGAACACGCCUCUUCGACCCUCGUAUCUUAGCCUCGAUAUAUACCCUGCGGCUGCCCAUACCAACACCGCACACGAGCACUCUCCUCACCUGCUCUGUGUGGAGCGGGAGCCCAACCUAGAGGACGAGGCAAGGCGACGUAAGCUAUCAUGGUUCAUCUUCGCAGCUUUCUGCCUCCUACCACCCUGUAUCCUUCUCUUCCGUUUCCUAGGAGACAACGUUAUCGCCUCACUCACGGAAGGUCGCCUGGGUUACUGCACGCCACAUUCGAAGAGAAUGGCGCUCAUUGCUGGUAUUGCCGUUAAUGUUGGCCUUGUCACAGCAAUCCUGGUCCCGGUCCUGAUUGCACAUGCGUUGAAUGCUGCAUGA